ACAUUUUAUUUAUUUUGUUAUUUUUUUGUAACGUGACUUAUUUUAUUUUAAAAUUUUAAAAUUAAUUUUGAUUUUAAAUAUGACAUUCUGAAAGAUAUAACAUUAUUGAAGAAAUGAAUGCGAAACUAUUGGAUUCUCCAGUGAAGACAACUUUUUUACCUCCGCUUCAUAGGAGUUUUUCUAAAAUGUUUUCACUCAAAUAUCUUUCUCUUGGUGUUCUUAUCUUCCAAAAUUCAAUACUUGUUCUGCUUCUGCGAUACACUAGAACUGCCAUAUCUCCAGGUGAGCUAGUUUACUUAGCUUCAACUGCUGUAUUGUUGGCUGAGAUAUUAAAGAUUGUUAUAUGUAUAUUCUUCUUGUUGAGAGAUGCAUUUUGGAACAUAAAAAGAUUUCUUUAUUCUGUACACUCUGAAGCAAUAGUUAACUGGAAAGACAGUUUGAAACUACUUGUUCCUGCUGCAUUGUAUGUUAUUCAAAAUAACUUACUAUAUCUUGCAAUAACAAACUUAGAUGCUGCAACUUAUCAGGUUACAUAUCAACUUAAAAUUCUUACCACUGCAGUAUUUUCAGUUUUGUUACUCAAUAGUAAAUUAAAUGUGAUGAAGUGGUUUUCCUUAGUAAUUUUGAUGUUAGGAGUGGUUAUUGUUCAGAGUGCAAAAUCAACUUCCAGCAACUCAGUUCAUUCAGGAUCACAAUUUAUUGGUUUAUUUGCAGUGCUGUCCGCAUGCAUCUCAAGUGGAUUUUCUGGAGUUUAUUUUGAAAAAAUUUUAAAAGGAAGUUCAACAUCAUUAUGGAUGAGAAACUUACAAUUAGCAUUUUUUAGCAUCAUCUUUGCUUUUGCUGGUAUUAUUUUGAAUGAUUUGAAGCCUGUAUUAGAAAAUGGUUUUUUUCAAGGAUACAAUCGAUUUGUAUGGCUUUCAGUUGUGAUUCAGGGACUAGGAGGUUUAUUAAUUGGUGCUGUCGUAAAGUAUGCUGACAAUAUUCUUAAAGGUUUUGCUACAUCUUUAUCAAUUGUUGCAUCUUCUUUAGCAUCCUAUUAUAUUUUUAAUGAUUUUGAGCCCUCUGGGUACUUUUUCUGUGGAGCAAGUUUUGUGUUAUUGGCAACAUAUUUAUACAGCUUACCAGCACCUCCUGAAAUAACAAAGAAUUAAAUCUUUUUGUAUUCAAAUAUUUAUUAAAGUACGAAUUGUGUAUGAAUGAAUUUAUAACAUUCCGAUCAAUGUUUUUAUAACUUUUCGUUAUAAAAACAUUCAUCGUGGGUUUUCUUGCCCACCGAUUCUAACUAGAAAAAAUGUAAUUUUGACAAUCUAUUUUUAUAUUAUGGUGUUAUUAUUUGUAUUUGUAUUUAAUAUUUAUUAUUAUUUCGAAAAAAAAUUUUGAAAAUUUA